CAGUCCGGUUCUGAUGUCCCAGAGCACUUCUCCUGGGCCCCGGGAUGGUGUCUUACAAUUCGCGGCACCUUCGUCCAGCCUGUCCACGGUGCCUCUCCGUGGGGGGGGUCACAUAUUCGGUGUGGCAGCAGCUGGGUUCUUGGGCAGUGGGCCUGGGGUGAUGCCUCUCAUCCUUCUGAGGUUUUCCCCGCUGGGAGGGGCUCAGCAUCACGUCGCUCACCCUCGUAUAUGGUCAGAAUCUUCCCGGAGCCGCCUUAGUGGGCUUGUCACCUACAAAGGCAGUCCUGCUCUCUCUGGUGAUUCUGUUUUUCUUUUUCUCUGUUUCCCCCUCCCCCCCCACCGCCCCCCACAUACAUGUGCACGAGAGGGGUGGGGGAGAGGGUGGGCACUGGUGGGGGGGAAGGGGGCAAAGGGAGAGAGAGAGAAUCUUAAGCAAGCUCCACUCCCAGUGUGGAGCCUGCCUGGUGAUUCUUUUUAAUGUUUAACAUCACUCAGUGUCAGAACGUACUGGUUUUAAAUCUUCCUGUCUAAUCCGUAUCUCAUUUCGGCGUGAUGAGACUUGAACUUCACUUGCUUUCUGAUGUGUGUGGUGAGCUGUUAGGUCACCUUCUGCGAGUCUGUCCUUUGUCUAGAGAGAUGCAUUCUCGCGCUGGGCUUUUUCUUUCUUUCCUUCCCUUUCCACGUACUUCUCUUCUGACUUCUCUGUGCCUCUUUUCUGGUGUGCCUGGAUCUGACUGUGACCCGAUCUCUAGGAGAGCGAAUGAGGAGAAGGGAGGUAAAGGUCGUGCCUGGGCUUGAGCAUCUGGGUAGACACUGUCCCGUUUACGAGUGAGGUGACUAUAGGAAGACAGGUGAGCGGGAGCUGGAGAGAGCCAUCUGAGCCGGAGAGAGGCUCGCCGUGUCAGUGUGUAAACGCAACCCCAGUUGGGGAGGGUAUGUGAACUGAGAAUCGAGAUCUGGGUGCGAACCCUGGGAAACAGCAGGAAGAAACAGGCGGAGGAAGAGGGACCAGAACUGAGAUUGCAGGGGAGGUGCAGGUGGAAGUGUGGUAUCCCAGGGCCACGGAAAGGUGGCGUUCCAGACAGAAGACGUGGGCCGGCCCCCACGGGUUGCAAAGAGGUCCAUUGGAGGCGGUGCCGAGGGGGACGCUGGUGGCCUUGGCAAGAAGGGUGUUGAUGAGCAGUGGGGGCCAGAUCCAGAGCAUAGAGUCUCUCUAGGACAGAGAGAGGGGAGUGACGGGACACUGGGGGGCACGCGUCACUGACAUCAGGGGCUACACUGUUCUGUGCUGCUGUCCUGUGUUCCUGAUGCAGGCUGGCUGAUUUCUAGAGAAGGAAUUUCAGAAGAUCUAAGCAAGGCCUCUGGCGGCCUCACCGCCCAGUACCCAGCAUCAUGACCUGUUUCUGAUGCCCUGCCAGGUAACGGGCACAGCCUGGGUGCCUGGGAUGCAGAGACAUGGGCUCCAUGCCUCCUGGCCUGAGCUGACAGCACCUGGCGCCUGCACCUCUGCCAGGGAGACCUGCCUGACUUCUUGGCCAGCCUGGGCCCAUCUCAUUUCCCCAAGUUCCCAAGCAUGUUGGAAGUGGAAAAAAUCGGGAAGCCCCCCAAGAGACAUACACCUUCAGGAUCAGUGGGGCAGGGGCCAUCUAUGUGUGCUGCCUCCUCUGUGACCAGACCCAGGAGCCCAGCUGCUUCCUUGGCUUCUCCUAGCUCCAAGUUUAAAACCAGAGCUACCAAUACCUCUCACGGACUCGGCUGGGGUGCGGGGGGGCGCCUGCCGGAGACCGAGGUCAAACUUGAGUUUGUAGACAUAGGAGAGAGGGCUGUCAGUGGCCACAGCAAGAUCGGACUGUCUGCCUCCCCGAAGGGGAGUGAGACGGAUCUGCCCCUACGGAGGAAGAGACCUCACCCCCUCCCCAGUUCCUCGUCGGUCCCUUCACCUGACGGAGUUUUCCUGGAGGAGCAGGAGGAAGGCACCCCGGGCCUACUUGUCCACAGUGAGACGAGCGAAGCCUGCUCCCCGGGGAGGCCCGGUCUGCACCCAGCUGCCUCCCGUGAAAAGUGCCAGGCCAGCCCUGGGCGGAGGAAGCCAAAGGGCGACUCUGGCCUCUACAGCCUCAAGUCUGUGCUUGGGCAGGAGCCCCCUGGGCAGCCCGAGAAGAAGGUGUCCAAACAGAAGGCACGAGGGCAGAGGGAGGAGGGGGAGCCGACGGGAAAGAAGUCGAGGGCCCCAGCGCUCAGCUCUGGCCAGUCCCCCUCUCCCCCAGCGCUACACCAGGCAGCCGGGGCGGACAGGCCAGAGGUGGGCCAGCCUGGUGAGAGUGAGAAGGCAAGACGAGCUGACCUCCUCAUCGGCCAUCUGGCCAGAGAGCUGCGACGCCUCAAGAAAUGGAAGAAGAGGCACUUGCUUGCGGCUGUCGGGGACAAGCCACCCUGCCUGAAGAAGCUGGUCAGAACUCUAAAAGCGGAGACCAAGGGCUGGGCUUUUCCCGGGCAUUCCCCCGGCCCUGCGGACACCGCGGGUCACAAGGUCGUGUCAGACAUCGGACGGUUCUUUACCAUUGACUGCAAGGACGUCUGCCACGUCACCUGCACUCUGUGUCAUGCCAGCAUCAGACUGGGCAAAUUUAAGGGGCAUUUCCAAACCUCAGGCCUGGUCCGUCACUUGGUGAGUAAGCACGGACUAGAGAGAGACAGAAGGCCAGCCGCCGCCAGCCCGGGGGAGAAGAAGGGCGGGGCCGAGGAGAGAAAGCACAAGGGCCUGCCCGCAAGUCCUGCUGGCCUUGCCCCUGAGGGGCUGCCGUCACCAGGACGCUGCACGGAUGCCUCCCCUCUGGUGGAUGGUGGCAGGCAGCUGGCGGCGGGCAGGCCUGAGCAGCUGUCACAGGCUCCGCCUCUCUUGCCUCCUUCCUGUAGAGAUGACCCUGCCGCCUCCCCGCCGGCAGUCGGGGUGGACCAGGGUGGCACCCAUGCCCCCGGCCAGCCCCGAGCACAGGCCUGGACCCGCAGCAUCGCGGAGUUGCUCUGCAGCCUGGCUUUGCCGCUGUCCUUUGUGUCAUCGCUGCCUUUCAGAAGGUUUAUGGCCCAGGUUGACCCUUGCUACCACGUGCCGCCUCCUGCCUUCUUCUGCGGGAGAGCCUUGCCUCUGCUCCGUGAGGCGAUCGAGGAGCAGGUGUGUCGGGAGAUGCAGUGGGCCAAGGGCAGCUGUGUCCACCUCACCGUGUCCACCGCUGCCCAGGACACGGUUGUGGACUACGUGGCCAUCACCGCCCACUGGGGAGCCGUACAGCCGGGCAGUCGGCGGGUGGCGUCGGGGAGCCUGAGAAAGCAGGCCGUGCUGUGGGUUCGGGGCCUGCCCCAGGGGAGCUCUCCGGAGGAGAGGCAGGGGGAGCUGCGGGAGCAGGUGGGCCUGUGGCUCAGCCGCAGCUCCCUGCAGCCAGGCUUCCUGGUGUCGGGCGGCUGCCUCGGCCUGGAGCAGGCAGUGAGGACAGAGGGCUACACCCACCUCCCCUGCUUUGCCCACUGCCUCGACUCCCUGGUGAGGAACUUCCUGCGUCACCAUCAGAGCGUCCAGCUCAUCCUGGGUACGGUGCGGGCCAUCUGCAGCCAUUUCCAGGGCUCCGCGGAGGCCCGGCGGCUCCUCGGCCAGCUGCAGCAGCAGCGUGGCCUCCCGGCCCAGCAGCCCUUCUGGGAGCUCUCGGACCACUGGGUGUCCGCCUACUGCUUGCUGGAGUGGCUGGUGAGGCAGCAGCGGCCCUUGCAAGAGUACGAGAGGCGACACCAGCUGGGCAAGGCUGGGACGGCCCUGUCGACUACGUUUUGGAGCCUGACGGACAGUCUGGUCACGCUCCUGCAGCCCUUCUGGGUGGCGGUCCGGGAGGCGAGCGCCGCGCGGGCUUCUUUAAGCCAGGUGCUGCCCCAGCUACGCUACCUGCAUAUCUUCCUGGAGCAGGUUAACCGGCACUUCGAGGAGCAGGGCGGUGGGGAGGUGGGGGCAGCCGUCCGGCUGGCCAAGGGCUUGGCCCUGCAGCUGUCCACAGACGGCCAGCUCAACGAGCUCUUCCACCGCAAGGAGUUUGUGCUGGCGACCCUCCUGGACCCCCGCUUCAAGGGGAAGAUCGAGUCCAUCCUGCCCGCGGGGGCCGACAUUGACCACUGGAAGCAGGUUCUCGUGUACAAGGUGAAGGAGAUCAUGGUGUCUGACUACUCCUUGCCUCCCUCACCCUCCCUGCACAGCCCCAAGGCGAGGCGUGCGGGCCCUACCCCGAGCAGCCGAGUCACCAGGAGCCUCGGGGCCGAGGGCAAGGGCCAGAAGGUGCCUGUGCAGGGGGGCGGCGGCUCGGGGUCUCUGCUGCUGGACCAGAGGGAGAAGAGCUUGCUGGAGCAGCUGGAAAGCGUGGGGCUGCUGGCGUCCAAGAGAAGCGGAGCGUCGCUCUCCACCGAGAGCCACUUGGCCAGUGUCAUCGUCAAGAAGUACCUGCGUGAGAAUGAGACAGUUGGCGCCCAGGAGGACCCGCUGGUUUACUGGGAGAAGAGGCAGGAGGUCUGGCCAGCUCUGGCGAGACUGGCCACUGUCUACCUGUCCUGUCCUCCGACGGGGGCCUUCUCUGGAAGCGUCUGUGCCUCCCUGGACAGCCCUGCCCUUGCAGAGCAUAGCGCCCCUCUCCCAGUGGGGACCAUUGAACAUCUCCUCUUCUUGAAGAGCAACCUGGAGAAUUUCCCCGACUACCCUGCCCCUGCCUUCAUCUUCCCCAGUGGAGACCUGGCCGACGGGGAGCAGAACAGCGAGGCCGACCUCGUCUGACGCCCUGAAAGUCUGCCUGUGGGAAGUGUGUCCGGCAUCAGAGGGGAGGGCAGGAUGCUGCACUCUAGGGCAUUAGACAGAGGUGGCCAGAGUCCUCCCCCGACCUGUUUGGAGGGAAUAGGGACAGGUUCUCGAUUCUUGACACAUUGCCCUUUUUUUCUUCCCCAGGGUGAUGUCAUUUCCCAUUCAUAUAUUGCUUAAUUUGUCUCUAGCGGUUUGUGCAUAGAAAAGGUGAACUCUGUCCAAAAGUGACUGUAAGUUGUGCCACACACCUCUGUGGGUGGCACAGGGACCCCGCUGAACACCUGCCAUGCGCAGGAUCACCGCCACGACAGAGACUCACCCGGUCUCGGAUGGCAGUCGUGCUGUGGUAAAGAACCCUGAACUCCACUGGGGAUGGGAGGCGAUGGGCCGGAGGAAGGGUCUCCGGGCUCACUGGAGCAGCCACGGGACUGUCCACUUGUGCGCUGUGUUAACCGUUUCCCCCUUGGCUGUAGCUGUGUCCUGCCUUGGCUGGCUCCUGGGCACCGUUUGCCAGCCCACUUGCCAGGUAGGUAAACUGAGACUCAGCAGUGGUGAUUCGGAACGAGGGAAGGUGGCCUCCUGCAGGAGAGACGAGUGUCCUCUGUGCCUUAGUCAUGGUCCCAUCCGUGUGACCAAAUCCUGUCUGCAGACACAUGUUGGACCAGGAUAGGAGGACUCGGAUUCUGGAUGUUCAGGGGUGAGCGUUGCAGGGGGUUGGCGUGGAUGAGCCAAUUCCCUCAGCAGGGCCCACCCGCUCCAAGCUGCCACCUGUGUGUCAGCUGGGUUUGCACAGCGGGUGGGAGGGCGCUCGGUCGGUCGGGCCCAGACCUGCCUGCUUGAGGCGUGCGGAUUUCAGGGAGCAUGGGACCGGGGGCAGAGCAGAGGUCUGUGCACUGGAGAGUCAGGGAUUCACCUUGGUGACCAUGCAGUACUAUCACCGGCGGGGGCGUGGGGCGGUGAGCUGGAGGGCCACAUGUCUCCUCCCAGGCAGGACUUGGGGGCACAGAAGUCCCGAUUUCCAGUUAAUGUGCUCUUUGCUCCUCUGUUUCCUCUCCUGCAAAAAGCGUUCUUCCCAGCUGUAACGUGGGGAGCACGUACAGUUCCUCCCUUCCUCCCACCACCGCCCCUACCCGGUCCUCCCGUCCUUUCCCUCCAGAGCAGCCAUCUCCGUCUAGACGGUCAUCGAGCCAGUUCUCCAGGGCAUGGCUCCCUAACCGUCGUGGUCAGUCUGUGGGCUUGCCCCUGCCCGGGGGCCUCAUCUCUGAGUCUGGUGGGCGUUGGAACAGUGUCCGUCGCUGGGUCCUUGCACGUCUCCCUCUGGCUGCUCGUCAGUGCCCUCCACUCAGCCUCAUAAAUGUUGGUGUUCUUUCGACGUCGGCCCGUGACUGCUCCCUUUCUCUGUGCGCCAGGGGCUCCUGACCACAUUCACCCCCAAGAGAGCGUGUGGUUGGGAAGCUGUGCGUAAUCCCGGACAGAGGCCUGCAGAUACUUAAAGAGGUCUGUGUCCUCCAGAAGCCUGGCCCGUGAGCCACACAUUCUCCCUGGGCACCUCUGCGGAUGACGCUUGAGUCCCUUUAGCCUAGAGCUUCGACUGCCUCCUAGGCCCGAUGCACAUGGUCACCUCCAGCUGGAUGUCUUCUUGCCCCCUCCCUCAGGCUGUCCCAUGUGCCCCACAUGUCGGGGAAGGGAGCCCCUGCAUCCAGUGACGUGGCUAGACCCUUGGAAGCUGUUCUACACGCUUCAGUACUCGCUGCCUUCCGUGAAGCCCUGUCUCUCCAGUGCUUUUAUGGCAGGUUCUAGUGUCUGGUGACCCUCUCGCACCCCUCACCCCCAUGGGUGACAGUUUUUUUUUUUUUUAAUUUUUUUUUUCAACGUUUUUUAUUUAUUUUUGGGACAGAGAGAGACAGAGCAUGAAUGGGGGAGGGGCAGAGAGAGAGGGAGACACAGAAUUGGAAAC